UGUCAACAGGGGGCUUGUAUUUUACUUGGGUUACUUAAAAAUAUAUAUAUACUGAGUUAUCUGAGCUUUGCUUUAAUUUAAUGAUUAACAGGCAGAAACUUUAAAUGAUCCAAGUGCAACAAAACUGAGUAACCUGCAUCAUGUCCGAAAAACCAAUUUGCAUUGCUGACUUUGAGGAACAUGCUAAGAAAUUUCUUCGAAAAUCUGUGUAUGACUACUAUAAGUCCGGAGCUGAUGAUCAGCAGACCUUAGCUGAAAAUGUAUCUGCAUUUUCAAGGUUAAGACUGUACCCUCGGAUGCUGAAGAAUGUGUCUGCUCUGGACCUGUCGACUUCCAUCUUGGGCCAGAAACUCAGCAUGCCAAUAUGUGUAGCAGCGACAGCCAUGCAGUGCAUGGCUCAUGCAGAUGGAGAAAUUGCAACCGCCAGAGCUUGCAGAUCAAUGAGAACGGGAAUGAUGCUGAGUUCGUGGUCCACAACAUCUAUAGAAGAAGUUGCCCAGGAGGCUCCAGAGGCAAUUCGCUGGUUGCAGCUCUAUAUCUAUAAGGACCGUGAAGUCACCAGGUCCUUAGUGAAGCGAGCAGAAAAAGCUGGAUACAAAGGCAUCUUUGUGACUGUAGAUACACCGUUUCUUGGGAAACGCUUAGACGAUGUGCGCAACAAAUUUCAGCUUCCCCCGAAUCUCAGAAUGAAAAAUUUUGAAACGAAUGACCUGGCAUUUUCAUCGGAGACGGGCUAUGGCGAAAACAGUGGCCUGUCUGUUUAUGUAGCAGAGGCAAUUGAUCCAUCAAUCAACUGGGAGGAUAUGAAGUGGCUCAGAGGAUUGACUUCGCUGCCAAUUGUUGCCAAAGGCAUCCUUAGAGCCGAUGAUGCUCGAGAAGCAGUGAAGCAUGGCGUAAAUGGGAUCCUGGUGUCAAAUCACGGUGCGCGCCAGUUGGAUGGAGUUCCAGCCACCGUUGAGGUCCUGCCUGAGAUCAUGGAGGCUGUGGGAGGAAAAGUGGAGGUCUUCCUAGAUGGUGGAGUAAGAAAAGGCACAGAUGUCCUCAAGGCCCUCGCCCUUGGAGCCCGAGCUGUGUUUGUAGGAAGGCCUGUAAUCUGGGGACUCGCCUAUAAGGGUGAAGAAGGUGUGAAGGAAGUUCUUAAGAUAUUGAAAGAAGAGUUCCAGUUAGCAAUGGCACUUUCUGGUUGUCAGAAUGUGGAAGCAAUAGACAGAACAUUGGUGCGGAGAGACCCAUGGGCUGCCUCCAAGAUCUAGCCGUGUUUGCUGCCGCCGCUGUAACUUGUCCAGUUGGUUACAAAUUAUUUGACAGCAAACUGCAAAGUGAAUUUAUGCCUCCAGUACAGGUUUAGGCUGGGUUAACAGGCCUAAUAUUCCACAAAUAUAUAUCAAAUAUAUCAAGGCAUCAUUUUAAUGCCUAAAGUAGGGUAUUGGAAAAUAUUGGCAAUACCUUGAUAGAUAAGUUUAUAUCCUUUUCAUUAUUAUCCAGUGUUCAGUCAUUUGCAAUGAAAUGUGAGUACUUAUUGCCCAAAUAAGAGCCGGCAUUGUUCUUAGAUGGGCUGAUCUAAAUACAUCAUUAAUUACCAAAGUUGCACAUUUUCUGAUGGGAACUGCUGAACUGCAGUUGCACAGAUAUUAGUGGUGUUGCUUUGAAGUUGUUGGCUUGCAUGACUGGGAGCGGCUGAGCUGCUAAAACGCUAAGCAGAUGUUUGGAUGGUGCAUUCGAUGAAAAGAACGGUUCCAGUGUGAAGGCUGAAAGAUACCUCUUUGCCAUUGCUUUUAACUAUCUAAUCCUACCCAAGCUGGGCUCUAAACAUAGCAACCUGAAUUAACUCUACCCUUGGCAGCUGUGAAUACAGGAAGGCAAUAUGGGUUUGCUAGAGUUUUGGCAAGCUGAAGAUCUGGGGAAAUGGAGGUGCGGGAAAGGCCUUUUUACAUGGUACACACCUAGCUACACUGAAAACUAGUUAUAUCAGGGGAGAGGAAACUCAGGCCCGGGUGGUGGGGGUGGUCCAGGCCUCUUUUUCAAACCCUCAGGCCUUGGCCCAGGCCACACUUCUCAUGGGCCUAUUCUGCACCCUCCUGGAUGGAAUGCAGAGGUGUGCAGUGACAUUUUCCAUAGGGGACCUGUUAGGGCCAGAGGCACCAUCUUGUGAGGUCAAUUGGGGCUGGGGUGCUGACAUCACAUGUGGGAGCAUUACACCUCCCUCCUAAGCUGGACGGAAGCUUCCCAGACUAUGGGAAGGAGGCCCCCGGACUCUUGACAGGAUGCUGGAGCCCUGCUGCCUUUGGGAAGGUGGCAGGAGGGCUACCCUUCUGGGGACUGACCGCACACCACUGAUGGGAUGUAUCUUUGAACUAUAAUAAUGUCUUUUGUUUGUCUGGAUGGAGGGGGAAGCGAAAGCGAAUUAUGUCCAUGCACAGGAACUUCUGGCUUGAGUGGUUCAACAACAUCUGGAAGGACAAAGAGAGAGCUGUUUCACCCACUUUAAUCAGGAACAUAGGAAACUUCCUUUUACAGAGGCCACACCUAGCACCGACUGGCAACUGAUCUUCAGGGUUUCAAGCUGGUUUCUCUCCCAUGCCUACCUGGAGAUGCUGGGGCACUGAAAACAGAACCUUCCAUGUGCAGAGCAGAUGCUCCAGAUGUGCAGAGCUAUGGCCUUUCCAUCAUCCUAAAGUUCUGGUAUAUGCUUGAAACUGUCCCACAACACAAGGACAGUCUGAGGGUACACUUGGUAGCUGUUGACUGGGACUUUCAACAUGAAAGAGACAGUUGACUAGACAAAUAGUUGUUCAUCAUAAAGGAUUUGCUGAAAAAUGAGAGCACUGGAAAACCCACCAUGGCUAGGUCUUGUUUCUUAGAAAUACAGUGAUACCUUGGUUCCCAAACUCAAUCCGUUCUGGAAGUCCAUUUGACUUGGAAAACGUUCGAAAAUCAAGCCGCAGCUUCUGAUUGGCCCCAGAAACAAUGCCGACAGCUGAAAUGAACAUUUGUCUUCCAAAAAAACGUUUGCAAACCGGAACACUUACUUCUGGGUUUGCGGCAUUUGGGAGCCAAGCCGUUUGGGAACCAAGGUACCACUGUACUGUGUUCCCUGCUCUACCAUCCAUUAGGAAGUUCCUUACCACUUUCUCUCCUGUUGGGAGUUCUGAAGUAAUGUUUCUGUCAUAAAAGAGGUUCUGGGAACCUGGCCGUAUGGAAAGAGCUGCGGGAGAGAGAAGGGGUCAAACUGCUUCAUGCUUCCCAGAUAAGUGAUGGCUUCCAACCCUAUCAUUUGAAUCUCAGUAGUUUAGCUGAUUUAAAAAAAGAAAAAUUUAAAAAAUACGUAAGCUCAAAACUGGUCACUUGUGCACUAAUGUUGACUUGGUUCUCACUGAGGCAGUCAAUCAGUAUGUGGGUUCUGCCACUUCACGCGGCAGGUGAGGGCUUAAAUGACUGAAUGCUCUUCACCCCCACACCCCAAGCCCCACUGCAUAGAAAACUAACUGUCAUCUACCCCCUCCAUCUCCGACCUGGCAGAUGGUGUGAGCAUCUUUUUACGUUAUGUCCAGGGUUUUUUUUGCCCGUUGAGCAUUGAUCCAGUGCAGCAGUCCGCUGCAACUUUUCUCAAGGUGAGUUUCCGAUGCCUUCUCAUCCUCAAAGGAUGGCUGCAAAUUCCUCAGUGGAUCCCAUUUCUCCAGAACACUAACCUCCCCAGAAACAAAACAAGAUGGAUAUUUAUUAAAUAGACAGUGCCUUUUAAUCUCCCUGCAAACAAAUCAAGAUGGAUGCUCCAUAAACAUGCCAAUCUGAAGUGCCCUCAGUGAGCAAUAAGACUGUAGAAUCAGUUAAUGCAUUUGCAACCUUUCACUGAACUUGCCAACUGCAGUUUAGUCCCCAGAGUGUAAAAAUGCUCUUUGAGGUUAAUCCUUGACUUGAACAUCUCCUUCCCACCAGAGGGUGUUGUAGUAGUUAAAUAGCAUUUUUCGCCAACAGUUUUAAGAAGUCCUUGAUGCUAAAUGAUGAUGGAAUAGAAAGAAGUCAAGCUGCGGCAUGAUCUGAGAGGGUCAAUACAGCACAAUGCUUGUCUUGGUUUGUAAAAUUCCACACUUUAUUUACUGUGGGAUGCUGAGAGUUGCAUGGCAACUGGAUUUUGUAUGCACGAAGGCUAAGCAAAUGUUUCUCCGUGUGUAAUGAAGUGUAAUUUCUAUUGUUUACUGCACUUAUCGUAUUUGCUGCAAUGUGGAAUCCGUUGCAUGUCAGUUACAGAAAACAUCAGAAAGUGUUUAUUUUUGAUAAUAUAAAUUCAGAGAUUGGACAGUGAAGCCAUGUGUUUAUGUGCUAGGGGUCUCAUUCCAGAAUUUUGCCAAGGGGAUUUCUAGCACUUAGCCCAAUCCAGCUUGAGAAAGGUUGCUGUGUUCUAGCUGAGCAGCAGAUGGAGAGAGAAUUAACAUGUGCCCGAUGUGAACCAUUUGAGAAUUAUUGCCAGGGUGAGCUUAUAGGUUUGUUGUUCUAUGUUUCUUUAAGCCAGGCUUCCUCAACCUUCGGCCCUCCAGAUGUUUUGAGACUACAAUUCCCAGCAUCCCUGACCACUGGUCCUGCUAGCUAAGGAUCAUGGGAGUUGUAGGCCAAAAAUAUCUAGAGAGCCGAGGUUGAGGUAGCCUGCUUUAAGCCCAGAGUUGAUUGCUUUUUUAUGAUUUUGAGCCCCUCUGCAUUAAGAACAGCUUCUCUGACUGAUAACCAAGGUGAAGGUUAAUGGGGAUUCUUAAAAAGUGUUUACUAACUUGGGCCAGUUAAACACUCUGAUAAUUAAGUGGAAAUCACAAAGUUCUGCAACAGCUUAUAGGUCAUCAUCGCUGGGUGGAAUAUCCCAGAAGUUUGGAGCAGUGCUCCUCUGACUUCUAACUUGUACACUGACAGGCUAAUUUGGUUAUGAUUGUGGUUGGAGUGAAAGGGUUUGGGGUGUGUGAUUCCCAUUCCUGUGUCCCAGGGAGCUGAGUCUGAGAUCAGUGUUCCUUCAAACAUUUUUCUUUCAUGCCCUCAGACUAUCAUCAGUGUAGGCCAGGCACCCCCAAACUGCGUCCCUCCAGAUGUUUUGGCCUACAACUCCCAUGAUCCCUAGCUAACAGGACCAGUGGUUGGGGAAGAUGGGAAUUGUAGUCCAAAGCAUCUGGAGGGCUGAAGUUUGGGGAUGCCUGGUGUAGGCAUCUGUUUUUAAUGGGGUUGUUUAAGCAGGACAUGCACUCAAACUGGGACCAUAGUUGAUCUCCUAUUCUACUUUAAAGCUGAAAUCCCACCAACAGAUUUAUAUGUUAAGGUUAGAGGUUGCUCCAAAUUAAUAGCCACCCAACAAAGAAUGGCAAAUAUCUAACAAGGAUGUGUGGAGAAUUCUCUGCAUAGGAAAAUGCUGUAUUUUUUUGCUCCAUAAGAUGCACCUGACCAUAAGAUGCACCUAGUUUUUAGAGGAGGAAAACAAGAAAAAAAUAUCGGGAGGAGAGUGAUCCCCACAGAGGCUUGGGAGGUUAGGGAGGGAAGCUGAGCACCUGCCAGCCAUAUGGUUGGCGGGGUGCAGCUUCCAUCCUAAGCCUCUGCAGGGAUCGCUCUCCUCCCGUGGAGGCUUCAGAGGCUUUCCUUCUCCCCACUUUUUUCUCCCCCCUCCCCAAGCAGCACAGGCCCCUUUUCCAGCCUCCUUCUCUUCCAUCCCUUUCGCCCAAACUCAGGCGACGUCUGCAAUUUCUUCCCUUCGCUGCUGCCUCUCCUUUGCCCUCUACCAUGACUCUCCACUCACGGCAACCUACCUCUUCUCCCUUCGCCCCACUUCUCUGUCCCCCUACCCUCCGCCCUUUUCCUCUCCCCUCUCGGCAGCUUCCUCUUCUCGCCAUCCUCCGGCCAACAUCCCCGGAGCCAUCAGGGGAAAGGGGAGGCUGUUGGCAAAGCCUCUCUCAAAGAGAGCAGCCCGGGAGCGUGAGGCAAUGUCGCACAGCCUGCCCACCGCUCCCAAACCUUCCUGGGGGUUCAGGGGAAAGGGGAGGCCGCCGGCAACCCAGGAGGGCAGGGCAACGGCACGCGCCGCACUCGGGAGAUUCGGCUCCAGGGACCACACAUUCGCUCCACAAGACGCACAGACAUUUCCCCUUACUUUUUAGGAGGAAAAAAGUGUGUCUGAUGGAGCGAAAAAUACGGUAAUCCAAAGGACAAGAUGGAAGGUGCUGAUUAAGCUGUGGCAGGACUGACAAGGCCUUUGUGAACAGCAGCCAAACAUCAGCCUGGCAUACAGUGGUACCUUCGUUCUCAAACUUAAUCCAUUCUGGAAGUCCGUUCCAAAAUCAAGGCACGCUUUCCCAUAGAAAGUAAUGCAAAAUGGAUUAAUCCAUUCCAGACUUUUAAAAACAACCCCUAAAACAGCAAUUUAACAUGAAUUUUACUAAUGAGACAAUUUAUCCAUAAAAUGAAAACAAUGUACUGUACUAUAAAAUAAAUAAGACAGUAUUGUAUAUGAUAAAAAUUAAAAUUGUUUUUCUUACCUGCACUAAUGAAUAGUCAUUGUUUGGAUGGGGGGCUUUUAUCCAUUUCCGCAGUCACACAAUCAAUCAGUAGCUGAACUGGGUUCCACACAGUCAUAAAAACAAAUGAACAAAAAAAAAAUCCUCAAAAACAAAAACACAAAAUAAAUAGCAAAAACAAAAGUGCCAAACUUGAUCCAUUCUGGAAGUCUGACUUCCGAAAUGUUCGAAAACCAAGGCGCAGCUUCUGAUUGGUGCAGGUACCCCGGCAACAAUACCUGACAGCCACAUCAGACAUUCGGCUUCCGAAAAAUGUUCAAAAACUGGAACACUUCUGGGUUUUUGGCAUUUGGGAACCAAGUCAUUUGAGUACCACGGUGUUUGAGAACCAAGGUACCACUGUACAAUGCUGUGGCAAUAAACCCCCAAAAGCCAAUACAUUUAUGGUAUACAUAAAAACACAUUGUUCUGAAGACACAGGAGAUAAUGGCAUUUCCCUACUCAGCAUGUAAUGAUCACACACAGCAAUACGUUUGGAACCAUGUUUGAUGCUGUUAACAAAUUUUGUCAGUGCAAUGUUCAAAAUUCACUAGGCGUAUUUUGCACUUGCAACCGAGUGAAGAUGUCUGGGUGCCAGCAUGGCACUUGACAUCUCCACCAUCUGGAGGUGCUUGCCUGGGGAUCUUGACUAUUUCCACACACUAACACCACCACCUGUAGAAUUCUAUCCAUGAUCUUUUAUCUGCGCGAGCAGAACAAAUUUCAGGGACCAAAAAAGUGUUGAAAAAAUACGACUUUUGAGCUGUCUUGCCCCAAAAUGGCAACUAGACAUUCCAUUUUGGCGACUGCGACCCUGGUUUAAGGAUCCAUUUGGCGCCUAGCUUAUAUAUCUGAGUUUCUAACACUGCCACUGCCAGUCGUUUGGUGGGCCUGAUGUACCCCAAAGACCACAGCUUUGCCACACCUGGUUGAGGUACCUAAUUGCAGUACUUGGGUGAAUGGAAGUGGCUCUUGCCAACAGACAGCAGCUCCUUGAGUCCAGGGGGGCUCGUGGCUGUUUCCCAAGGAAGUCCAUCUUUCUGCUGAACACACUUUUCCAGAAUAUUUGUGAUCUGUGGGACACAGGCCAUGAGGAGUCUUGAGUCAAAGGGUUUCCUGUCCUCUGCGCGAUGAACAUCCCAGUCCCACCAGGCUUUUUGUUGACCUUCACCUUACCCCUUAGCACUGAGCUCUUUUAUUUUUUGACUCCCGAAGCCAAGCUAAACAGAAAAACUCUGUUGCAAAGUACUAUUUAAUGUUACCAUUUCCAUAACACCAGAAGGGCUUUUUUAAAAAAAGCCGCUUAUGUGUGCAACUUGUCUGUCUAACUGAGAACUACUGAACAUUAAUAAACUAGGGCUUGAGUAAUUCCUUUUUGAUAAAUGAAGCAGUGUGGCUUUUUUUGGGUCCUGUUGGAAAUGCAAGAGACUCCGAGAUGAAGCAAACUUUUGGGGAAGGAGGCAGGACUGGCUCUGCUUGUCUUGGCUUCCUUGAAUGGCUUUCAGCCUGAAAUCAAAUACUGGGAGCACGGGGAAAGCUGGCUUCUGAAGUCAUGAUUGUACUCUGAACCUCAUCCUAAGGGUCCUGCUCUCUUAAUAGAGCUCCUUUUCAUGUGAAACUCUGGCGUCAGGCAACACGGAAGCCCAUUUGUAAACACUCUCUUCAUCAUAGGACAUCACACAAAAGUUGGCUUCCUAGAAUACUCUUAGAAAGCUAGUUGAACUGUGGGCACUUCCUGGGUUGGCGUAAUCUGGUUACGUUGUAUGAUGGCUAUACGUCUGUUGAGAAUUUCUCCAAUUCAGAGCUUGACUGUUCUACAUGUUGGAUUUGUUUCCCAAACUCUAAUUAAAAACAAGAGAUCCACACAUUUUUUGUGGCUCUCUGCAGCUCUCCCCCAGGUACAUGUAGGGUUGCAGCCUCAUAUAACCAUAGCAUGUCUAAUUAGUGCUGGAAGGGGUUAAACCAUAGAGUAAGCUGUCCUGCCAGGCUUAGCCUGUGUCAUCACUUCCCACUUUGAGGGGAAAUGGGUCACCAAGCCUUUGUUAGGUCUCUCCAUGUGGAAUUCAGUAUGCAAGGAGUUCUGAGCGCAUGCUUUAACCCAGUGUUUCCCAACCUUGUGCCUCCAGAUGUUUUGGGACUACAACUCCCAUCAUCCCUAGCUAGCAACACCAGUGGUCAGGAAUGAUGGGAAUUGUAGUCCGAAAACAUCUGGAGGCACAAGGUUGGGAAACACUGCUUUAACCAACCCCUUUUUGUUUCAGACCAGAAAGUACUGUAGUCUGAAACAAGUGUUUUCCCUACCAGUAGUUUUAAAACACUUAUAUUUCAUAACUAACCAAUGUUUUGACUGCCUGUGCAUCUUUUCUGACUGCUGCGUAGGAAAGAGUUUUGUGUAUGAAGAGUUAUGUAAGUAAACCAUUUGUGUGGGUCUGUCAAUAAGCUUGGGGAGUGGGAUAGCUUGGAAAGAGCUUUUAAAAGGGGACAUUUUGGGACUCACUGGAAGGGCACAUUUUAAAGGUUUUACAGACUAUAUUCCCAUGCUUUUCUUUGCUGCAUGUUUUG